UGACUAUAUUUAUGAGUGAUGAAAGUGAUUAUUUGUAUAUAUUAUGAAUUUCGUUCUUAACCAAUAAAUAACCGAAUUUAAUUGUUUUAUUUACUUUCUCGGAAUAUCAACAAUUAAUUCAAAAAUUUAAAUGAUUAUUUAAAUUUCAAUAAUGGCUCAUGAACCUGUAUCAAAUUUCGUUCUUAAAAAUAAUUCAGCGCUUAAUCAUGUCGAUAUAAAACCAAAUAUUUUACAAAAAAUUCAACCAUUGAAACGGAUCUUUAACCAGCCCAAUAUCGUAAUUACACUCAUGCCGACUGAUUCGAGUGACGUUUCGUCGGAAAAUUGUAAAAAUAGUGAGAAUGUUGAAAAUAUUGAAAAAAAUGAGGAGGCAAAUUUUUUACCAUCGAAAAAAUUUGGGAAUUCUGAAAUAACAUUACUACCAAUAAAACGGGAACAAAAGUCUUGUGGGCACUAUGAACCCUGCGAAAAUAUUACUUGUGAUGUAAAUGUCCAGCAGUAUGUAGAUCAUCAGGGAUCAUCACCGAUGUUAGCUACUAGUAUCGACGAUUCAGAAAUAAAUGCCAAGGUUUCAAAACAUUGUGAUAAUGCACGAUGUGAUGCUCUAAGUAUUGAACACAAUCGAUGUCGAAGAGCUAUAAUAUGUCUUUAUCGUUGUGAUAAAUCUAGUGUAUGUGAUAUUUGUGGGGUGCUUUUAAAAACUCGAAAAUCUCGAUUACAUCACGGAAAUUGCAAGCGGAAAAACGAAUAUCGGCACAAUCAAGUUGAUGGCGCCCAGAUAUUGAGAGAAAGAAUGCGGGAACGAGAAUUGCAAAUAAUGGAAGCAGUACGAGCCAGAAAAAAUGAUUACAGUGAUCCUAUCACUGGUCCCAAUAAAGCUAUAGAAACAUUAAAAAAUAAUUCUGAGCUCAUUGUGAUACCUAAGAAGAUGGCGCCCAUACAUCAGUCCACUAUGAAUCAACAAAUUAAUACUAAUCUAAUAGCAAAUCAUUUUAUUAAUGAAACUCCACAAACUUUUGAUGAUUUCCCGCCAAAUAUUCCCGUCAUAUCAAUCCAGAAGCCUCAUUUGCAAAAGAGUACUUCGAACAAACAAUCAGACGCGGAUGAUACUAGCGAUACUUUGAAUCAGUCGAAAGUAGGCACAAAUGACGCGGGAAAUAAUCAGUACAUAAUUACUACAAUAUCUCAACCAAAUGUGUCUCAAUCCUUUACAAUAAAUGACUGGGUAAUGGGUCAGCCGAAAAUAACUUCCGAAACUCAGUUACAAAACCCGUAUUUUGUGCCAGUCAGAGUUAUUCCCAUUACUAAACUUAAAUCUGAGCCUUCUCUGCUUCAUCAAACUCAGGGAAUCCCAAAAUUUUGUAUAAUUGCAGACAAUACUUCAACAUCUCGAUCAUUGUUCAAUGGAUCGGCUAUUACGAGCGUCGACUCACCUCUUGACCCAAAAUCAAAAUUACUACAAAAGUCUCUAUCGUUAAAAUCUACUCCGUUAAUUACAAUAAAGCCAAAAAUAACGGAUGAUACAUUGUUGAAUAACUCUUUAAAAACUUUUCACAAUGAUCUUAUUCUUAGUCGCAGAAGAAAAAUAGAACAAAAACCUUUCGAGUGUCAAUAUUGUUCAAAAAGAUUUCUCACUGAUUGGUAUUUCAAAUUGCAUAUAAGUAAACAUAAAGGUGAAUUAAAAGUUAAGUGUAGUACUUGUGAUGAGGCUUUUACGAAUAACAAUGAUUUGAAAAAACAUAUAAGUAAUGAACAUAAAGAUACUGUUGAAACGUGUAAAAAUUCUGACAGUGAUAUUGAAAAAGAUAAAGAGGACGAACAAACUAUUGCUUGUGAUGAUUGUGAGCAAGAAUUUGACUCUAAUAUUGAGUUGGAAAAACACGAGUGCGGAAAUUUUGAAGAAAUAGUUUGUACAGAAACAAAUUUAGAUAUUAAUAGUGAAAACUGAAACAUAAAAUUAAAUAUGUAAAAUUUUGGAAAUGAAAUUUUUUGCAGAAUAUUAAUUGUGUAUAUUCCUAAGCAUUAGAAACGCAGGACGCCAGUAAAAAAUCAUGUUCAAUUUAUUUUUUUUAAUAAUUUUGUAAAUUAUAAUAUUAAUUCCCGGGUAGGAGAAUUUGAUCUGAUUUUAGUCUAAGAUUGUGUUUGGACUAAUGAGUCUGUCUUUAAAUUUUUAUAUAAAUUUUGAGCUGUUUAUUGUCUAAAGACAACCGAAAGCAGACUAAUAAAAAUAAUAGGCAGUAAAGGAGAGAAUAGUAUAGAUAACGAGAUUAAAUUUUACAUGUUAAUUAAAUAUAAAUAAAAAGUAAAAUUGAAGAAAAAUAAAAUUUUUAUUUGAUUUAAAACAGAUCAAAGUUUUCGACCCGGUUUGGUAAAUAAACAACGAAUUUUCAUGAAAAUAUUUAUAAAUAGCGAGUCAAAUUAUGAAAUAUAUUGUAAAUUCAGACACAAAAAUGUUAUUUAUAAUGAUUUGUUAUUAUAGAAAUUUAUUUUCAUGAUAUCAGCAUCGAAACUUGAAGUUUCAGGUUUUCUACCGUCAGACGAAUCGCAUAAAUUUUGAAUGCCUUCAGUAAGUGGGCAGAAAAAAAUAACGCUGACACUGAACCUUCAAGUUCUAAUGCAGCUAAUCAUGAAAAAUAUUGUGUAACUCAGGAUGAAACACGAUCACUGCGGGUGAUGUCAGCAGAAAUCGUUUUGUUUCAUCCCUUAUCACACAAUGUAAUAUUGCUUAACCAAUAACUUCAUUAAAUAAUUUGAAGCUUAAUAUUUCGCCGACACGGGAUAUUUGAUAUAAAUUUACGAAUACAAAGUUUAUGUAAAAAAAAGAUGAUAAUUUUCAAGUUAUAUGGCGCCAAAUAAAAUUAUGUACGGUGUGCUGCUUUUCUAUGCAUUUAAUUGAUGAAGACAUUGAACAAAAGAAGUUACGAAAGUUUUCCACUAUUUAUCAAUUAAUAUUAUCCAAUCCAGGCAUUAAGGGCUGGAUUUGACAUUUCUUAAUUAGGAAGAAAUAUUAAAAACGAUUUUAAAAUUUUUGAAUUGUAUUAAAUAUAUUUUAAUUGUAAAUUUACGAUAUGGAAUUAUCCAUUAUGAUGAAAUUUUUUUACAUUUUACCCUAUUAACAAUUGCUAAAAAAAUGACAAUUAAAAGAAUAAGUUUUUGUAAAUCGUGUUGUCCAAUUCCUUGUUAUUAUGAAUACUUCGUUUUAAUUUUUUGACUUAAGCCAACCCAUUUUGCUUAUUCAUUCAGACAGUGGUCAACAGUCACCAUUUAAUAUAAUAAUCAUACCAAGAACUAAAUCUACCUGUCAUCUCUGGCUACUGUCAGAGAAUGUUUCUUGUUACUGUAACUUUUAUGGGGUAGAAACACCAUUUGCAAACACUUAAGGCUGGGCUGUACUCAACAAUUUGUAUUUUAGAUUUCUAUUAAAUUAUUAAUUGAUUAUCAUUACAGUGAUUUUUUCUGCUUCCAGAAAAAGGCUUAAGACGAAUGUCCUCGAAAGUUUUUAUCAUUCGAGUUAACAAAUAUUUAAAACUUAAUUAGAAAUCUAAAAUCCGGAAAUUCGGUCAGUACUGCCGACCCUUAAGGAAAUUGAUAACUUUAAUUAAAAUUCAAAUAUAAUACAUCACAUAAUGAUCCAUCACAACAAUGAUACAUCACAUGCAAACUAUUAUUGGUAAUAAAACCAUUUGUUCAUAGAAAAUGUGAUAAUUACAUAAAGAAAAAUAUAUAAUUCAAUCAUUUGAAGAAUAUUUGAAAUUAAUAAAAAUAUUUCUUUGUAUAUAACAAUUUUGGGCAGCCUUACAAAGUGGUCCAUCAAAUGUCUAAAAUACUUUUAAUAUUUUGUUCAUGUGUUAAAAAAAAUUAUCAAUUAUCCACUUAAAGAUUUGAAAUGAAAUUGACGUUUCUACCUCAUAAAUUUAUAGUUGAAUUAAAAUU